GGGGAUUGUAGCGACUUCCUGCCAAAUAGUUGUCCCUAACAACACACGGCGCCCCACCGAGGGAAUUUCAGUUCAAGGAAACAUAAAGUUUCCUCGAAAGUAGCACUUGGUGAGAUGGGCCUUGGCCAAAGCAGAAGCAGCAGCAACUGCAGAGACUGACGGCGCGGAUUUACUUGGGCUGACGGUGGAUACGUCAUCUUUCACAGCCAUGAACGAGUCGCAGGAGGUGCCUGAGCUACCUACAAAGAAAGCUCGGCAUGAUCCAGAAGUGAAUCAGGAAGGUGAUUCACGUGUGGUUGCUAAUGACAGCAGUGACUCCCCAAACCGGGACGACUCAACUGCACAGUCAGAGGUCAAUUCAUAUCCACCAUCAUCUGUUGCUCACUUGCACUUAAUGCCUGGACGUCAAGAUCAGUCAAAUCAAGGGACGAUUUCAAGAUCCCAGGGCUGUGUCACAGAAAAUGCAUAUACUCACAAUGCAGUGACGUGCAAAGACCUCACCACAACCACAGCCACUGAAUAUACCUCACAGAUCUACCAAGGAAGCAACACGGCUGUCACUGCGUAUGCCAGCCAAGGGGCUUUCCCCUCCCUGGGCCAGUCGACCGUAUACAGCGGCUUCCCUCAGUCCGGCCAGACGUACGGACUGCCACCAUUUGGCUCCAUGUGGCCGGGCUUAAAGACCGAGUCGCGGCUGCCCGAGGCGCCCCCUGUUGGCCAGACGGGGUUUCUCAGCUUCAGCUCAUCCUAUGCUUCGACCCAACCCAACCAGAUCCACUACUCCUACCCCAGCCAAGGUUCCUGUUUUACCACAUCCAGUGUGUACACUAAUAUCCCCCCAGGAACUGCCGUGACCACAGCCACUGGCACACAUCAGGAGUUUUCAAAUUACAGCUCUCUUGGCCAGAGUCAGUUCUCCCAGUACUACGUGCCUCCUCCCAGUUACCUGUCCGCUGGGCUGCCCAGCAAUGAUAGAGAUGGAGCAGGUGUAGUGGCACCUGGAUAUCCAACCAUUAAGACAGAAGGCAGUGCCUCUGCAAACCUGCCCAACACAACAGAUGCAUCCCCAGGUGUGACGCUCCCAACUGGUGUGGCUCUGCCUGCUGGGAUGGCCCUUCCCACAGGAGCACAAGACCAGGACGAGCCCAACCGCAAAAACCCUCCUAGCAAAUCUAAAGGCAAAGCCAAGAAACCAGACGGCUCCCAGUCCACAGACAAUGACCUUGAGCGUAUCUUCUUGUGGGAUCUGGAUGAAACCAUUAUCAUUUUCCACUCUCUUCUUACUGGUUCAUUUGCACAGAAGUUUGGCAAGGACCCCGCAACAGUUCUCAAUCUGGGUCUUCAGAUGGAGGAGUUGAUCUUUGAGCUUGCAGACACUCAUCUCUUUUUCAAUGAUCUGGAGGAAUGUGAUCAAGUCCAUGUUGAUGACGUUGCCUCAGAUGACAAUGGGCAGGAUUUGAGCAACUACAACUUCUCUAGCGAUGGCUUCAGCGCGCCCAGUGCGGGCAGUGGUCCGGGCUCCACUGCAGCGGUACAGGGAGGAGUAGAGUGGAUGCGUAAGCUGGCUUUCAGAUAUCGCCGUCUCAAAGAGAUCUACAAUGGAUUCCAAGGGAACGUGGGAGGUCUGCUGAGCCCAAUGAAGAGAGACCUACUGCUCAGGCUUCGCUCAGAGAUUGAGACGGUUACAGAUGCCUGGCGGAGCACUGCUCUCAAAUCUCUCUUGCUCGUACAGUCAAGGGGCAGAUGUAUGAAUAUUCUGGUCACCACCACUCAGCUAGUUCCUGCUUUGGCUAAAGUGCUUCUCUAUGGACUGGGUGACGUCUUUCCCAUCGAGAACAUCUACAGUGCUACUAAAAUAGGAAAGGAGAGUUGUUUUGAACGCAUCAUCGCUCGCUUUGGGAAGAAAGUGACCUAUGUUGUUAUAGGGGACGGCCGUGAUGAAGAGUUUGCAGCAAAGCAGCACAACAUGCCAUUUUGGCGAAUCUCUUCUCAUGGAGACCUGAUUUCCCUUCACCAAGCUCUGGAACUGGACUUCUUAUAGAUUGAGUUUGCACCCAUCAGCAAUCCCAUCCACCCAUCCUUAUCCAUCGCAUCAGUGGAGCAGCUGAAGUAGAGUCUGGAAUAUUAGCGUUCAUAGACAAGAACUCAAGAAGAUCUGUGACACGACGCAAUCUCUCUCAAUGGCAGCUAUCCUCCCCACUAGGCUGAACCAUAUGUGCACAAAAGAGGAAAACACUGUCUCCCGUUCUCACUGCAUCUUUCUCUUGGAAAAAGGAUGUAGCUUUACCAUCUUCAACGUAACUGGAUUCGCCAAAGGAAAAAAAAAACAUGACCAAAUGCACUGACACCGAAACUUAGGAGUGAACUUUGUUCUCUUUUCUUUUUUUCAAACUUUUUAAAGGGCUGAAAAGUCAUUUUGAUUUGCGCUCAUUCCAAAGGUCAGGAUAUUGGUUCUUACGAGAUGGCAGGUUACAUGCUUUUAGACGACUCCCAAGAAAUUAUGCAUUUUUUUUCAGUUCUUAAAGCGGAUCACGACGUGGCCCGUUAAAUAUCUGUCUUCAGAUGGUACCUACAGGGUUUAGCAUAGAUCACAUUUCCUUUUUACUGUAUGUAUAUGAAUUUUCCUCAGUUCCAGGGGUCUGCAUGCGUUUUACCCUUCAUACACACUUAAUUUCUGCUUUAAUUUUGGCAAUAUUAUAAAAGAAACCAUAGUUCUUUCAGUAUAUUUCGUUCCUUUUUUUUUGAAAGAAUUAAUCACACACACACACACACACAAAAAAGUUGCCUUUGUCCCAAACCUGUUUGAUUGACUUUCUUUCGUGAAGCACAAAAGGAGAAUGUUUGUGCUGCUCUUUUCCGUAGUGAAAUUUUUAUGGUUUUUGAACUCCAAACAUCACCAUAAAAUAACUAAAAUAAGUCAAAUACGUCUACCAUGUUAUUUGAUUGAAGUCAUACUGCCUAAAAGUUUUUUUUUUUUUCUAAACGAAUUGAUUUAUACACAAACAGCCUUCCCUUUUGUUCGUUUCAGUUGUGAGACUGAAUCAACUGCUCAACUUGGUGUGACAUUUCUUUCCCUGCUGUGUUUGUAUGAACAAAUUAUUUGAGAUUUCAGACCUAUGACGGAGGAUUUUCAAUGAAUGGCUUACUAAAUUUGAGGCUUUUUUGAUGACUUUUGGAUUGCAGUUGCACCCUUUAAUUAAAUGGAAAAGAGCAGCUCAACACUUUCUGUUUUCGUUCCACGUAAGAAAGUUAUAUAGGUUUGAAUCAACAUGAGGAUAGGUAAAUGAGAAUUUUGAACUCCAUAUUUUAAAAUCCAUAUAAAGGUGUUGUUUUGAGGAAAACUUAAGCUCCUGGAAGUAAACGUCCCAUUAGAAAUAUAUCUGUUAAAUGUCUAUAAUGCAAUUACGAGCCACAUGAACUAACUGCGUUCUUGUCCGCUGAGGCAAGUCGUGUGGCUAAGUGGGAUGUUGUAUUAUUACCUCUUGCAUAAAGCCAAAAUUACCCAUGGAUUUGAAGCUACGGGGCCCCAGCCUGUGACCUUUUUGCUUUCGUUCAUACGUGUUUGGGAGGACAACUGUGCGAUAGUGUGCAAUACAUUUCUGAUCAGUGAUAAAUGAUUGUUUCAAUAAUGGUUGAAGGUGGUUUUACGAGCAGUUUGGGUCUAAUAUUCCCGGCCGCUGUGAGAUUGUGACUGAACAUUACUGAGCCUGAAGAAAAAGCAUUUUUACUCAAGCAGCUUUGACAAUUAAGAAUGUGUACUCUUCAUUUGUUUGCGUAGAUGUGUUUCUUUUCCUGUACAUAUUUAUAUUGUGCCUUUUAAAUAUAAUCACCAUUCAGUAAAUGUAUUAUCUUAAAGGGAAUUACUGAGAUAUGACAAACAUAUGUUUGUAUUGUUUGUUUUGGUGAAGUGUUAAGGCCUGUGCCGUUAGCCGUCAUUUUCUUUUAGUUUGGUACUUUUGAUGUGCGCCGACUUCAUCUCUUCAUAAAUAAUUUUCCUCCAUAACCCAGCCAAUCAGAUGCUGUUAUUCUUUCACUUGAAUCUCAAAAAAAUGCUCUUCUGGUGCUUUUUUCUUCUAUGUUUCCUGCAUUUUUCAGGAAAAACAAAACAAUGAUCUAGUCCCUGUAUACUGUCUAUUAUCUACACCUAAUGGAAGAUAUGUGACUGUCAUGAGAUUUAGGGAUUUGUUAUUAAUGCUUAGACAAUCAAGGGAUGUAGUAGCUCUAUUAGCUAGAGAACAAGUGCUUGAUCUAGCCCUGGAAUUACGCUUGAGCUUUUAGCUUAAUUGGAGAACCUCUGGCAUAUUCAAACUGAUACUGGUUGAAGAAGCAAAUAUCUGUACCUACACUGUUUAUGGUUUUGUGUAAGUGAAGUUCAUUAAAUACUUUGUGGCUGGCCUA